GCCCCUUCUCCAAUCUCAGCGGCAGCCUCAGAGAUAGCAGAGCUGAGAAGGCGACAGGACAAACUCAGAAGACCCCGCACAAGACCCCUGGCCACCACCAUGAAGGAACUGAAAGCCCUGAAGAUCAGGAUCACCUUCUCCAUCAUCCUGAUUGGGGUGUCCCUGAUGUUGGUCGCCGUGAUGAGCGACCACUGGGCCGUCAUGAGCCCCAAAGUGGACAAUUAUGAUGAGCCGUGCGAGGUGGCGCACUUCGGCUUGUGGCGGUUAUGUACUAAGAAGAUAUUCGUGGAAGGGAACGACGUGAUCAGCAAACCGUGCGGCCCCCUCAGCCUGCCCGGAGAUGUUAACUGCUCGUACUUCAAGCACUUCACCUCUGGAGAAAAUGCCGAGAUCCUACAGGUCACCACUCAGAAAGAGUACAGCAUCUCAGCGGCCGCCAUCGCCGUCAUCUCGGUGGGCUUCAUGACCAUGGGGACAGUCUGCACGCUGCUCUCCUUCAACCAGAAGCUGGACUACCUCCUGAAGCCGGCCGGACUCUUCUAUGUGUUCUCAGGCCUGUGUAUGAUCAUCUCGGCGGAGGUCAUUCGUCAGUCUGUGCACCGGAUGAUUGACAGUAAGGAGACGGUGUGGAUCGAGUACUACUACUCCUGGUCUUUCGCCUGCGCCUGCUCGGCCUUCGUGCUGCUCUUCAUCUGCGGGAUCGCCCUCGUGCUCAUUUCCCUUCCCCGGAUGCCCCGGAAUCCAUGGGAAACUUGUAUGGACGCGGAGCCUGACAUGUGAGGCGCCCCCACCCCGGAGUCCGGGUGCAAGAGACGUUCUGCAGCCCUAGACCCUGCGAGGACGGCGGCCUCCGCUUAUAGAUUUUCUGUAUAUAAUGGAUGUGUCUUCUCACCCUCAGUAAUAUAAGAAUCCAGGAUGCCAGGGAUAACUCCCAUCAUCUCCACAGUGACCCGGCUAUGGGGCCAAAAUUAGAUGCUGAUUUCAGCCCCAGGCGCUGGUGACAGAUUCUUUCCGGACACUCAAUAGCUCCAGUCCUAUAAAGCGCCCCCGCACAAAAUCUCAACAGGUUCCUCGAGAUCGCACAGAGCGAUUAUUA